AUGAGUCUUAAAUCUUUCUCUAAUGAUGUUCAAAGCUUUGGCGAGGGCUUUGCUGAGGGUUUUAAACAGGGAAUCAAUGAGGUAGAAAAGGCGUAUGAAAGCGCUUUUUCUUCAAUAGCUAGUUGGUUUAAAGGCAACAUUAAAUCAGCACAGCCAUCACAGUUAUCUAAACCUAUAGACAACACAGAACACCCUGAAGUUUCAAAACCCAUUAACAUUAAAGUUAGUGAGUAUGAUCAUACUUCACACCCGGAAUUAUCUAUUGAACCUCUGGAGCAGCAUGCACACGACAUAUUUUAA